AAAAAAAAAAAAAAAAAAAAAAGGAAGCUCCAGCUACAGACACAGGCCGCCAUUCGGUCCCUCCGGUGGUUUCACUGGUCAUCCCGCUGGGUUGUCUUGUUUAAUCCCGGUAAAGUCAGGCGGUCCCUCAGUUUCCAGCGCCGGAGAGAGCAGGACGUCACAGUCCCCGUCAUGGCGGCCGACCGGCGCGAGGACAAAGAUGGAGAACUCAACGUUCUGGAGGAUCUACUGACCGAAGCUCCGGAUCAGGAUGACGAGCUGUACAACCCAGAGACUGAGCGAGAGAUCAGUGACAAGAAAGGAACAAAGAGGAAGAGCGAGUGCUCCAACAGCCAGGAUAUGAAGAGGCUCCGCCCCUCUUUAGGUCGCACCUCCUCCAGGUCUUCAGCUUCCACUAAGAGGGGCGUAAGCUCAUCGUUGUCCUCCAAGAAGGUGUCUAGUCCUCGCAGUCGCCAUGCCACCACCUAUCACCACAGCUACUACGAGGAUCGAAAGAGUCGGCGAGGAGCCCGAGAGGGGCCCCGGGGCCGUGCCCCUGAGGAGGGACGGCGCAGGGAGCCCCAGAGGGGCCUGGAGAGUCUGAGUCAGAAGCUGCGGCGUGACAGCAGGCAUGCAAGCCCCUCCCCUCAUGGCGAGGACCAAUCAGAGGAGGAGGAAGAGGCAGAGUACAGCUCAGAGCCGGCGUCGGGAAGCUCCUCCCCGGCCGGUUCACAUGUGGAGGAGGAGGAGGAUGAAGAUAAUCAGGAGGAAGAGGGGGAGGAGGGCAUGGAAGAGGAAGAGGAGGAAGACGAGGAGGAGGAAGGUGAAAAGGAGGAGGAAGAGGAGGACGACGAGGAGGAGGAAGAAGAGUAUGACGAGCGUCACGGCGGGGACGGGAACGACUACGACACCCGGAGCGAGGCGGGCGACUCUCGCUCCUCUUCCGUCAGUUUCUCCGAUGGCGAGUCGGCGCGGUCGGGCUCCGCCUCCGAAGGAUCAGGAUCAGAGAAGAAGAGGGAGAAGUUGUCCUCGUCUGUUCGAGCCGUUCGCAAAGGAAUGGAGAAUCCCAUCACUCAGCUGCGAUACAUUCUCAGAGAUGCUCGGUUCUUCCUCAUUAAGAGCAACAACCAUGAGAACGUUUCUCUGGCCAAAGCAAAGGGUGUCUGGUCCACGCUGCCGGUCAAUGAGAAGAAGCUGAAUGCUGCCUUCCAUUCGGCCCGGAGUGUCAUCCUCAUCUUCUCCGUCAGAGAGAGCGGAAAGUUUCAAGGUUUUGCUCGCCUUUCGUCAGAGUCUCAUCACGGCGGUUCUCCGAUCCACUGGGUCCUUCCUGCCGGGAUGAACGCUAAAAUGCUGGGUGGAGUCUUCAAGAUCGAUUGGCUCUGCAGGAGGGAGCUUCCAUUCAUAAAGACGGCCCACCUGUCCAACCCCUGGAACGACCACAAGCCCGUUAAAAUCGGACGAGACGGACAGGAGAUCCAGCCGAAGGUCGGCGCUCAGCUCUGCGCUUUGUUCCCGUUGGACGAGAGCGUGGACGUUCACCACGUGGCUCGUCGCGUCCAUCACAAGCGUCGGACCCCGUCAGAGCUACGGCCGAGAGGCCGACCUCCGCAGCGUGAACCGGGAAGGCGUCGACCUGAAGAGUACGACCUGCACGGCAGGAAGAGGCCGCGCGCCGACGGUCUGCCGGACUUCGGGCAGCGAGCAGGGUUCAUUCCGGACCUACGGAGCCAGCCGGUGGACAGGAGAUUUUCUGGCGUGAGGCGUGACGUGUUCCUGAACGGGUCCUACGACUACAUGAGGGACUACCACCACAACGUCGGGCCUCCAGCUCCCUGGCAGACUCUGGCGGCGUACCCCAGCGUGGAGCAGCAGCCCCCUCACCACCCCCCCUACUACCACCACAGCCACCCCCCGCCUCCCCCUCACCAGGCCUUUCACCACCAUCACCCAUCCCUGCCCCCGCAUGAGGCUCCACCUCCUCGCUUCAGAGACAAGCAGCGUUUGCCGCAGCAUCGCGCCUUUGCAUCGAGUCCGCACGACUACGACAUGCGGGUGGACGACUUCCUGCGGCGGACUCAGGCGGUGGUGAGCAGCAGACGUGAGCGCGAGCGGCAGCGGGAACGCGACCGCGGGGGGCCGCGGCGGGACAGGGAGCGAGAGCGAGGGAGGGACCGAGACAGGGAGAGAGAAAGGGACAAGGAGAGGGGCCGGUACCGCAGGUGAUCACAUGGUGGUCGGCGCUCUUAUUUUGACAGUCAACUGACUGGUUUCCUGUUCAUUUUGAAAUAAUGUAUAAACAUCCAAGCAAAACAACCUCCAGGAUGACAUCUUCAGUGUUUACCUCCAAAAUAAAGUUUCAUUGUUUCUUAACUUCUAAUCUGAGAUUCUAUGUAAAUACUUUUUUAUCUUGUGACUUAAUUUCCCAGAAUCCCUCUGUCGUCGCUGUAGGCUGGUAGUCGCCAACAUGAGGGUUGUGGCCCUUAGACAGAAAAAAAAGGCUGAUUUUUAUUGUGAAUGGUUGGAUGUUGUUUCCUGUUGACUCCUUCACAUUAAACGUUUUUUCUCUUUGUCA